AUGGCAACAGACAUCCGAAGUACUGCGACGGAGCUGCUGUCUGCCGAACCGACGCGUGAUCCCAGCUACAACGACUUCACCUUCUCCCCUUUCCUCCGCAAGAGCUUUGGCUUUGGCCUGGCCAGCGAUGUUCCGGUCUGCAAGGCCUACAGCGAGGGCCAUUGUCCUUUGGGACCUGCCUGCCCGGAUCGGCACCCAACUCCAUCAAGGGUGACAACCUCGACGACAACGGCCUCCGGUCUGGCACCAUCCACCACCCAUGGGUCCCUUGUCUGUAAACAUUUUCUGAAGGGGCUGUGCAAGAAGGGAGUCAAAUGCGAGUACUUGCACGAGUACAACCUCCGUCGCAUGCCCGAAUGCCAGUCCUUCUCUCGGUCGGGAUAUUGUCCGAAUGGCGAUGACUGCCUCUACCAACAUGUGCGCGAGGAGGCCCGACUUCCCCCUGUGAGCACUACGACCGGGGAUUCUGCGAACUGGGCCCUCUCUGCGCCAAGCGCCAUGUCCGCCGACGACUCUGCAUGUUCUACCUCGCCGGGUUCUGCCCCGAAGGCAAAGGCUGCGCCAACGCACACCCUCGAUGGACGGAAAAUCUCCCGCGACCGACGAUGA